AUGAGCUUCGAUGUAGGUAGAGGAGCUCCACGAGCUCCUCCUCUUCGCUUGAUCCGUAAGCCGUUAUUCCCACCUUCUGGCUCUCUCUCAUAUCCUUCUCUCACUCAAGCAAUUGAUACAGCUCCUAGGUAUGCUAUCAUGACGACAUCAGCCUCCCUUGAAGCAUGGAGGAACCGACUCCCGGACGACGACUUUUCCUUUGGAGAAAUCAGUAGCCAUCUGGUUGUGCUGCAGACCGGUACAUUUACCUUGGACCAUAAUGUCUUGUGGCCAGUAGAGAAGCAGAUGAUGGUGUAUGCGGAGCACAUUGACAUUGCGGAAAGCGUCACCUUGCCGGGCCGUACUCUCUGGCUUUUCUGCAACAAGCUCACUCUGGGAAGUUCAAUGGUAGUUGUCGAUGUUUCGGGCAAAAGUGGUACAAACGGUGCGCCUAAUGCCACUCCCAAGCUAGAAAUUAACGGUCAGAAUGGGGGAAGUGUGUACCUUUAUGUAGAAACGCUGGAGGAAAACUUGGUGCCAAUUACGACAUUGAAUCCAGCCACAGGAAAGCCAGAAUACGCUGGGCUUUAUAUAUACGCCAACGGAGGCGACGGUGGAACUGGAUCAACUAAUACCGAUGCUUCGAAAAACUCCGGUCGCGGUAACAAUGGUGGUGACCCAGGUAAACCUGGAAGAAUUGCUGUGUAUUUCUCAGAUCAAACCUGCAACGCCCUCGUGGAACUCGCCAAUAUGAUGGAUGGGCUUGUACGCAUUACUGGAGACGCCGACUGGAAAACCAAAAUACAAGCUUUGAUCGACUACAAGUAUUCGCAAGACGUGCAGAAGCAACCCGUAGACCAACUCAAACAGGCACUUCAAGCUUACAUUACAUGGCACGAGAGUUUCGAUAGCCUAAACCGCGAAUUGGCCGGGACACCGGUCGGCAGUGCCCCUGGAGAUCUUAGUGCCUCUGCCAUAGAGGCCCGAGCCAGCAUCCAGGAAGUUCUUGACCGAAUCAUGAGCAGCAAGUGCCUUCCGGACAUCACAACCACCUUCAGUGAUGACUUCACCAAUUUCCGGAGAGUGGUCACUAACGUACGGACGAACAGCGAUCCCAGCAAGGCUAUGGAACUUUGGACCGCGUACCAGACGACCGCAGACAUAAUGCUUAAAACACUUCAAAGUGUACAUGCGAACAAGACUGGGGUGCUCAGCCAGACUUUAAAGACUGCAUUUGACGCAAUCCAAGCAGAAUACGAGAAUGUAACAAUGAAUACCGCGGUCACGAUGAGCAGUGCCUACCAAGCAGAACCUGGGACAUCUGGAACAGGAGGUACCGGUUAUGGACCUGGAAUGGUCGGCCAACCAGGCCAAAAGUACACAGAAUCUGGCCAGCACAAUGCAACAUUUCUGGUUCGGUCAGGAGCGCGAUACAACCUCAACACAACGAUUCCAAUCGCCAAUGCGGAGCAAUGCCAAAUGUUGCUCAAUCUCGCCGACUUGCAAUACUUUCAGGCCACUGCUACUGGGGUGUUCGACAAAGCAAAAGAUAUGUACACUCACUUGAGUCGCAGACUCUCGUUCGUGCCUCGUCUUUUGGAACGCGGGAAUAACGAGUCCAAGCUUUUCGCGGCAUACGAUGAUUUGCACUCAUUGAGAAUUGCGUUCAAACCCCUGGUUCAAUUGGAAGGCAUCAAAAGAAGGGCAGAUCUGUGCCUUAACAGAAUCCAAGGAAAGCAAGACAUGCUUGGGUAUCCUCCAGAGUGGGCGCCUCGACGGUCAUUUCAGUUCUAUCUCGCGGGUGUGGAGAGGCACAUCGAGAGCAUCGAAGCGCUCGAAAAGCUUCUCCCAGCAUUCAGCACGAGCAGUCAAACUGCGCAAGCGACGCUCGAGCGAGUCAAAAGCGACACUGACUCCCACCUCAAGGUACUAGGAAGCCGCAUCACAGACCUUAAUGGCGAACGCGGCGAACUUAACUCGUCCGCCCGCGUCAUUGCGGCGUACAGCCCAGCGAUCAAGAAAAAGCGCGUGCUACUAGGGAAUCUCAUCAAAAGCGCCGAAAAGGAUAUUCAGAAUUACACGAAAGUAGAUCCGAAAGCGGUGAUCGAAGCCUUGACCAUGGUUGUGUUCUGCCCAAAUGCUGCAAUGGCUGGAGUUCAAGCAUUCGGGCUCUUCGAAAAGACCUCUUCGUCAUUCCAAGCUCUCGACGGCAGUACUGUGGAGAGGAAGUAUGUCGUGAACCAGUUCCAGAAGAUGGACAAUAAAUUUGAAAGUCUCACGGAAGGCUACAAAAGUCGGUCGGACUCUACUAUCGACGUUGACGACCCAGGUGCCGACAAAAUACUCGCUGCCAAAGAUGACAUUGAAGACCUCAUCCGAAAAUACAAAGACGCCAUCAGGACCGGAAAUGCUAAAGCAAUCCAUAAAGAAAUUGAUGGGUACGUUGACCUUAUAAAACGUCGUAAUGAUGCUGUCUUUACGUACAACGCCGCGGUCCAAGUGCUGGGUGAGCUCAAGUCGGAGGAAGCGGUAUAUCAAAAACAACAGGCAGCAUACGGUGCUGAAUUCAUUCAAAUCGACAAGAACUUGCCGGUAGGGCGCUACUAUGCUACGAAGUUGAUCAACGAUGCAAGGCUCUCGAUACUAAUGGAAUUAACAAAGGGUGCCAAAGCAAUCCGGUACUGGGCACUGACGACUCCUGAAUCUAUCAAGUAUGAUGGGUAUCAGAAGUUUCCUGCCUCUGCUGCCAUCAAAGCAUAUAGAGAUGGCCUGAUAGAGGCGUUCGACAACUGUCUGAAAUCUUAUGGCAGUCUUAUCUACAACCAGUUUCCGAAACUGACGGAUCGCGAGGAACGAGGCACAAAUGCUCUUGGCUAUUGCUACAAGCUCAAUCAAACUAUUGUGGACACUUUGAAAUCCUCGGGAAAACCCGACGACAUAGCAGCUUCGGAGAACCGGCCUGCUUCAGCUGGUGAGGGAACGGACGACACAACUGGCCCUGGCGCAACUGACGAGCCCGCCCCUCAGCCUGUUGAUCCAAACUCCAAACGGCUGUACGAGGUGUUCUUUGAGAUUCCUCUUGUCACGAAGGCUACCACGGCGUCAGAGCAUUCUCUUGCCGGAUAUUGGGAUUUGCGAAUCGACCAGAUCCGAGUUUGGCUGUUUGGGGCGACGGUAGACUCGAGCUCUCCCAAACUUCGCAUAAAACUCGAGCAUCUCGGAACAGAGCGCAUAGUGAAGUAUGAGGACGGUUCGAUUGUAUCUGAUCCCUCAACCGAAUCUCAGGCCACGAAUCCUGCCCUUGCAGUCAGCGAAAGGAUUUUCACGUUCAAGCACGAUCACGUUGCAGUCAAUUUUGAGUACAAUCCUUUAGGCAUCCUGAACAUUGAAGACACCUCCAAAGCGAAGAUACCUUCAGGUCAGAAUUUCCCGGGUGUUUACCGGGGGCAGAAUGUUGACGUUAGGACGGAGACUCUGGCACCGAUGGGGCCAUUCGGGCAAUGGAAAUUGUCCGUGGACGCUUCCUAUCACAUUCAUCUAGAUCUCUCUAAUCUGACGGGGAUCACAAUUGAGUUAUGGGGUAGUACGGCGCAGUUCUAG